UUUCUCACCACACUUCUUCCCUUUCACCUUCUCUCUGCAACUUCUUCAUCUCCUUCUCUCUCUCUAAAUUCAUCAAUUCUCUUCUCUCAAUCUUCAUUCACGUUUACCCCCACCAAAACUUCACCCAACACACACAACCACACGCACUCGGCGUUUCAUGCACUCAAUUCGAUUCCACAUCGUCGGAAUUCACCAAACGAUGUGACGUCGCCGCCGAUCUCCAAACACGAUUUGCAUCUGCUGAUAACAAUCCAAUACUUUUUCGUUGAAAUCGGCGCUCAAAUCCGAUCGUUGCUUGCUGCUAUGGCUUCCACUGCCCCUGCUAAAUCUCAGCCGCUGCACAAUUUUACGCUGCCGCAUCUAAAAUGGAACAAGGACCGAAACUCCAACGGCCAACACCAGCGCCGCCGCUCCGUCAAAUCUCCGUCGCGCCGGCCGAAUAUCUCCUCCGCAUCUCCCAUCCGCCAGCCUCCGUUGCGAGAUUCCGUGUCGGCGACUCCGCCUCGGCACCAGUCCCCUUUCCGCGACUCCGCCGCGGCGGCGGCGGCUUCAUCACCUCGCCGGUCUCCCGUCCAUGGGGAUUACUUGGGGAAACGGUCUCCUUCUCCUGGAGAAUCAUCCAAGCCGAGGGGGAAACACUCGCCUACCGGCGCUGAUCCGGCGAGGCAUUUGCCGAGGCAUGAAUCGCCGCCACAGCCUGAAGCUUCCGGCAAGGGAAAAGGCGGCUGUGUAGAGCAUCGGAGACAUCACUCAAAUAAUUUGGCGUUGGACGGUGCGAGGAACGGGCAUCAUUCAACAAAUUCAGAGCACUCCUCUCACAAAUCGGAGCAUAAAUCAAAGGCGAAAGAAGUCGAUGCGGCUGGAAUCAAGAGAUCGAAAAUCCUAAUCAAAAUUCCUUGCAAAACCAGCAAAACGGAGGAAGAAAAUCCGCAAGAAGAGCCGCUGAAGGCAGAGAAAAGCGACGAGCACGAUUGCAGCGGCGAAGCGCAAGAAGAGGAGAAGAUCGGUAACAAUAUCACCGAUGAAGAAACGAAGACGUGGAAUUUAAGGCCUCGGAAGCCUCUAUACAAGAGCGGAGGUCCGGUGAAGAGUAACGGUCCGGCGAUGCCGGAGAGGAGCAAAGCGCAGUCGCCGUUGAGGAGCCUGAACAAUAGAUCGGGGGAAAACGAGGGCGGUAAUGGUGGGAAGAAGGAGAAGAGGAAGCUGAGCGUCUUUAUCCCUCUAACGAAGGAUGAGAUUGAGGAGGAUAUUUUUGCGCUGACAGGAUCAAAGCCGGCAAGGAGGCCCAAGAAGAGAGCGAAGAACAUACAGAAACAAGUAGAUGUUUGUUUUCCUGGAUUAUGGCUGGUAUCGAUAACUGCGGAUUCAUACAAGGUCUCUGAGAAUUCUAUGAAGGGCUAGAGGCAGUUUCUGGAAGCUCUAAGCUGCUUUGCUUCCAACUUUUUUUUUCUUCUGGGGGAUGGUAUUUGGAGGUAUAGUCUGCAGUUACUUGUACUAUUUCAGAGGAAGAGCUAGUGCUGAUUUAGGGUUUAGCUUUGCCAGUUUCUUUCUACUUUUUUUCUUUCCUUUGUUUCCCCUCUUCAAUCUGCUGAUCUCCAAGAAUUGAGAGAUGGGUGAUAGUUCUAUUUAGCAUCAGUUGCAGAUGUAAAUAUGAAUUUCUAGAUCUUUUAGAUUUCCCUGUUCAGUUCUGGCGACUCAAUUGGUUUUGAUUCAUUUUUGUUUUAAAUGAAUAAUCACUGGUUUGGGUUUUUCUCUGUAUACAUUAUUAUAGUUGAAAAUUCAUGUCUUUUUGUUCUGUUGCAGUUCUUGACUCAUGAAUCUUGACAGUUUUAUACAUCUCAAAUAUUUUCAUUCUUCUCAAUGAGAAUUUCUAGCCUGGUGGCAUUUGAUUUGAAGAACACCAUGUUUACACUAUGUGGUGGCACUUGAUGAAGCUGCUAAAUAACUUUUUAUACCCUAAUGAAGAAGAAUUACAGUGAAGGGGAGAUCCUAAAGAUGGUAAGUUUCUUUAUUAAGUUUUUUUUAUGAAAGAUGCUUCAACUAGAAGCUGUGAUGAAGAAAGAGUGGUGAUGGUGGUAUGCGUCCAGGGUUUGUGAAGUAGACACAAAGUUGGAUCUUUGCCACUUGUUUUUGUUCUAUCCUUUGGUGUAUGUAUGGCUGGAAUUUGAAUUUGGUGAGAAGAGAAAAAAAAAAGAAAAAGAGCUUCAUAUCUGUUGCUGGGGAGAAUGAGUUGAUGCUCUGCAUUUGGUGCGUGCAUUGCUUGGAUUAUGGUAAUAUAAAAUUGUGCAGAAUGUGGAAAUUGAAGAUGAAAGAAAGGCUUAUACUAACUAUGGCAACUAUGUAUUGGUUGGCUUGACUUUUCUAUUGAAUUGAAUUGGUCUCAUCCUUUUCGUAUAUAUUUGAUCAAAACUUGAUUAUGUAUGUA